CCGAUACUAUGUUUGGGCUACAACUGUAAGAAUCGCGGCGUUGGAAAUAACCACGACCUUUACUCUCGUAACGCCUCUAACAGGCGUUGUCGUCGUUUAUUAGAGUCGUUGCGACAGUUAGCAAGACCACGUGUGUGUUCGUGCUUCGAGAUGCAAAAGAGGUGGACCAACGCGUGGCAACUCCUGCUUUUUUUUUUUUGCGUGUGUGUGUGUGCGAACCUCAGUUGAUAACAAGCAGUCGAAACAACAGUGAAUAGACGCACCAGCCCCGUGGCGUUUGAUCGGGUCGGGUAUAAAACUGCACCGAUAACCGCUGUGCAGGCAUCAGUUCUUCCGAGCCAACUGAAAGAUCAACACAGUCCACUAUGAUUGCCGUCCUGUGCCUCUUCGCCGCUCUGGUGAGCAACGCCCUUGCGGUGUACGUCCCCACGUACGGCCUACCGGUGGCCGGCUACCCUACCGUCCCCGCUGUCUCGACCCUGCACGCCGCACCCGUGGCCGCUCUACAAACGGUCCAUCGCACGGUGCCGGUCACUCCAACCGUCCACAACGUGGCUACCCCGUACGGCUAUCGCACAACCGGCGUCAGCUACAGUCACAGAGUCGACGCCCACCCGGUGAAACUGCGCUACGUGUACGGCCUUACCCCAUACGGCCUCAACUACGGCUACGGACUGGACGCCUUCGGAUUCCCCACCGUGCUCAAGAAGUGGACCUUGAUUCGAAGGACGCAGAACAUUCGUUUCAUGCCCGGCAUCCUCACUGUGGUGCUAGAAGUUUUAAAACGCAAGGCGCAAACAAUAGAAGACAUUGAGAAAGACUGUGUGCUUUUCAUGGACGAAAUGGAGAUCAGCCAGGGCUGCGAACAUGAUCCCUCCCUCGAUUGUCUUUUUGGAGGUACGACUCCCCUGUAA